CUUUUCUGAAGGUGAGCCCGCGGAAUUCUCUCCUGAUCAGCGUUUCCCGGAAGGACGGUUUCUGUGAGAGGACGGAACCGGGUCGGAAUUGCGUUAGGUAUUCGGCCCCAACGUUAGUUCGCUUCUCGCUUCGUUCUGCGACACAUUAUCUGCGCUCUCUACGCCCAUUUUUCAGUCUGAGAAAGGGCGCGUUCUCUCUCAUGCGUAUCAGAACUGGGCCUGUAUAGCACCAGUGUUCCCUCUAAUCUCUAGUUUUCUCGCCGUUUCCGGGUCCUCUAGGCUCGUGAGCGCGCUUCGUUGUUGCAGAGCUUCAAGUUGUUGACUUUGGUGCGACGCGGGGCAAAACGCGCGGCGCGGUCCGGUUAACAACCAUGCCUAGAGACGAUCUGUCCAUCGAUUUUGUCAGGAAGAUGCCGCCUGUCGAAUCACUCGACCCGGCAUUGAUCCUCGACGAGUGGAUCAGCAGGACGCAGAACCUCCCCGAGGAGCUCCGCUUCCUGCAGGACGAAAUUGCCGACAAGGACCGCCAGUAUGACAAGCUGGUCAGGGAGAUCGAGGACCGUGACGGUCGCAUCCAGAAAUGGAUCAAGGCACACGGCAGCCACCAUCCGAAUCCCAAAGAGGAGGAGUAUCGGGCGACCAUCAGAAAGAAUUAUGCUCAGGCAGAACAGCUGUCCAACGAGAAGAUUGCCCUCACCCAAAAGCUGCAGCAGACCAUAGACAAGCAUAUCCGUCAACUCGACAUGCAGAUCAAGAUACUUUACGACCGCGGCGAGCCCGGUUUCACCGACCCUGACGAGCUCCCCUCCCUCCUCCGCCCGAGUGCCGCCAACACGACGAACGGCCAGAACGGCCUCCGCAGUGCGAAUUCCAGCAAUCCAGCCGCCUCUGCAUUCAACUCCAUCACGAACGGCGGCUCACAGGUGCGUGUCACCAAUGCCCAGAUUCGGAACGCGCAGGCACAACAACAUGGCUCGGCAUCCGCCCCCGCCACCCCAGCGGCUAGCAUGAUCAUGGGCCGUCAGGCGCGGGAGAGCUCGGCGGGUCCUAGCGGGGGUGCAACCAAGCGUGGUCCCCGCUCGAACGGCGGCUUAGGGAAUCUCCCGGCAACGUCAAGCGGUCUAGCACGGCAUUCCUCACUCGGACCGGGUACUCCAAAAGGCCACCAGACAGCUACCGGCUCACAGCGUGCAGGCAGCGCGGGGCCCCGCGCGACAUUCAAAGCCGCGGGUUCAGGGGCUGGCCGCAAGGCUGGUACACCGUCGAGCACGGCAGGCCGCAAGAAGGGCACGUCCGGGAACGGAGCUCACAAGUCAGGCCUGUCGCGCGUGAAGCGCGCCGCGAAGAACUCGCCCUCGUCGACCGUGGAUAGCGAGCUCUCUGAGGCCGAGACGGGUAGCGACGAGGACAGCGACGCGCGCACCGGCGGACGCCGCACACCGGCCACAAUAUCUCGAUCUGCAUCCAACCAGGCCAGCUUCAACGGCGCCGGCGCUGGCUCGGCCCGAGAAGGCAGUAACCACCACUCGCCCUCCUCAACCCCGCACCAAGGGGCCGCAGGCGGUAACGGUACCAAUGCUGGCAGCGGCCCGCCGCACCGCCGAUUAGGCGGCGUCGAGACCAGCAGGAACGGCGAUCAAGACGGUAGCAACAACCACCACCCUCUAAGCGCCUCCUCCGCCACCGGCGGCAACACAAACACCGGCGCCGGCAACGGCCCGGCCGCCCACCACAACAACAGCGACGCCAUGGAGGUGGACGAGGACGAGGAGGCGGGGGACGACCGCAAGUAUUGCUUAUGUCAGAAUGUCUCCUUCGGCAAUAUGGUUGCCUGUGACAAUGACGACUGUCCCUACGAGUGGUUCCACUGGGGCUGCGUCGGGCUCAAGAGCGAGCCCAACGGCACCUGGUACUGCCCCGACUGCAGCCGCAGCCUGGGGCUCGGGCAGGGAGGCCAGGGAGGGGGCCAGCAGCAGCAGAAGAAGGUUGGCGCCGCCGGGUCCGGGUCUGGUUCGAGUUCAAACUCGAAUUCGAAAGAAUCCGGCUCGGGUGGUGGUGGUGAUUCUGCUUCGGGAUCCGGGUCCGGUCCUUCCUCUGGGGCUGGUUGAUUGAAGAGUGUUUAGGGAAAAGAAGAUUGAGGCGGGUCAACGCUUGGAGGCGAAGCAAGGGGCAUAUUAGGUGGUGUCGGUGUGUGUAUCUAAAGGGAUUCAGCUGUUCUGCGGCUGGGGCGCCCUAAGUUGUUGGGCGAUUGUUGACAUCCUGAAUAGCAUGUAUCAUGUGGCCCGGAAUAGGGGAAUGGUCAUGUAGCGCAUUAUGGAGGUCUUUGGACCUUUCUGAUCUGGUUCAGUUAUGGGGCUUUCUAGUUGGAGUUGAGGGUUGGUCGGGUUAGGCUGUAGGAAACAUCUAUUGACACGAAACUGACGAAUUGUUCUGUAAAUGAG